ACGGCAAACAAACCUUUAAAAUGUAAAAUUAUACUGUUUAUUUGCGUACCAAAAGUGAAAUGGACCUCGCCAGCAUUGAACUUAGUGUGGAGGCGCUAAUCGGCUCUCUAGUGGCCCUAGGUGUGCUGUUUGUCUUCUGUCGCAGUAUAUUGGCCGAAGAUGCCGUCAUUCGGAUCUCGGGAAAAACACGCCACAACUGGAAAUCAAUAAAAAUAUUAGGACAGGCUUGUUUUUGCAACGUCUGUGAAAUACUUCUGACGCCCUCUGCCGGCCUCUUUUGUGACUGCUGUGGCCUCUGCACUCAUUCAACGCCGGCAUGUCAGCGGCAGGCGGACCGUGAUUAUCGGUGCAAGGACAAAUGGUUACGCAAUGAGACAGCCGUGCGGCAUUUAUGGGUGCACGGCAACCUGCCGCUCAAUGUUAGCUGUGCUGCUUGCAGCAAGGAGGUGGACGAUCAACAUAGCAGCGCAGGGCUCUAUGGAUGGCGUUGCGCCUGGUGUCAGCGAUGCUAUCACAAUAAUUGUUAUAAACGCAUCAUCGACGAGAAGGAUCAGGAGGAAUGCGAUUUUGGCGAAUUUCGCGACAUGAUUUUUCCACCGAAUUGCAUUGUGGCUGCACGCACGCGUGAGUCUGUGCGUCUGCACCUGGCUGGAAUUAGGCCGCCCAACAUCGAGAACUGGGAACCGUUGAUAGUGAUUGCCAAUACAAAAUCUGGUAGCAGCACUGGAGCCAAUGUUUUGUCGCUGUUAAGCGGCUAUUUGCAUCCGUUGCAGGUCAUGGAGCUGGGCUCGCGUGGUCCUCAGGAUGCGUUGCAGUGGGCUGCUAAAGCGAGUCCACGCCCAUGCCGAAUUCUUGUGGCUGGUGGCGACGGUACCAUUGGUUGGGUGCUUAAUGCCAUCUACACGCUGAACAUUAAGCCGCAACCCGCUGUCGCCAUCAUGCCACUGGGAACCGGUAACGAUCUGUCUCGAGUGCUGGGCUGGGGCGCUGAGCCCCCAGCCGUGCUUGAUCCGGUAAAGAUAUUACGCAGCAUUCGACGUGCACGCUCAGUGAAUCUCGAUCGCUAUGAUUUGCAAAUCGAGAAGUUGCAUUUUCGCCUUCCCAUACAGAGGCAUCCCACAAAGACAAUACACGUGUACAACUAUUUCAGUGUGGGCGUAGAUGCAUUGGUCACUUACAACUUUCACAAAACCCGCGAAUCUCGCUUCUACCUGCUCAGUAGUCGCAUAUUCAAUAAGUUGCUGUACUUCACAUUUGGGACACAGCAAGUUAUGCAGCCCGAUUGCGAACGGAUCGAGCAAAAGCUAAUCCUGCAUCUUGAUAAUAAACCAGUCGAACUGCCGGCGUUGCAGUCGCUUGUAUUCCUGAACAUUGAUUCCUGGGGCGCCGGCUGUAAGCUGUGCGAACUAAGCAACUCAAAUGGCGACGGACGCAUUGUGAAUUCCAUUUCCGAUGGUGUUAUGGAGGUCUUCGGCAUAGUAUCGUCGUUUCACAUUGCACAGCUGCAAUGCAACAUUAGCAAGCCAAUACGCAUUGGACAAGCUAAGCAUAUUCGGUUGCAAGUAAACGGUACAGUACCAAUGCAGGCGGACGGCGAGCCUUGGAUGCAGGUUCCUGCAGAUAUAAGGCUUCAGUCGCGAAGUCAGGCUCGUGUCCUCAAGCUGGACGCGCUUUGAUAGAGCCAUAUGUCCACGGAGUAAUAUUUACUCAACAUUUUUCAAGUGCCAGUGCUUGUAACUUAAACUACAACGGCUUAUGUACUUAACUCCCAUGAGGCCAAAAUUACACUCUCGAAUAAUCCAUAUAGCCCACUAUUAUUUGUUUCAACUUGUAUGAAUAGUUUGAUAAGUUUUGAACCUGCAAUAUCAACUUAUACGUUUUUUGUGUUGUAAAAUUGCGGAACGCGUCCAAAUAAAAUAUUAAAACUAGCCAAA